GAAACCAACCCAGGAACUUCCAUCUCUCACACCCAAGCUUCUGUGCUUCCCUCUGCCAUGAAGGUCUCUGCAGUACUUCUGUGCCUGCUGCUCACAGUGGCCACCUUCAGCAUCCAGGUGCUUUCUCAGCCAGGUUCAGUUUCCAUCCCAAUUACCUGCUGCUUCAGUGUGGUCAAAGGGAAGAUCCCUAUGCAGAAGCUAGAGAGCUACACAAGGAUCACCAACAUCCAGUGUCCCCAGGAAGCUGUGAUCUUCAAGACCAAAACAUCCAGAGAGAUCUGUGCUGACCCCAAGCAGAAGUGGGUCCAGGAUUUCAUGAAGCGCCUGGACCAAAAGUCCCAAACCCAGAAACCUUGAACCUUUAUACCCGGACUGGAGAGACAGAGCCUGAAGAAAAUCUUAUUUAUUUUCCCCCAACCCUCCCCAAGGGCAGAGUGAUAUUAUUUUUUUACAAUCCCAACAAUAGCACUUUGUAUAAUAAUUUAAAGCACAUUUAUUAAAUAUUAUUUAACUAUA